CUUUUCUGACCAUUCACGUCUAGUACCAAGCUAUUAUCAUGUCAGAUCAACUCGAGACUCCUCCAAAGCCAAAGGUCGGCUCGCUGCGCGACCGUAUCAAGGCAUUUGAACAGCAGCAACCGGCAGCGCCGGUGCCCGCGCCCGCUCCUGGCCCUCGUCCGACGCGCCAAUGGAAGCCGAAACUUGCGGAACCUCCCGCUCAACCAUCGACGGCGAGUGCUGCUAGUCCAACGGAACCUAAGACCCCUGGCAUUCAUGGCGGCAUGUCCGCGAGUGAUGCGAGGGACAGCAUUAAGGCUGGUGGGAGUUUGAAAGACCGGAUGGCGGCUCUCCAGGGCAAGGGCGCUUUUGGUCCGACUGGUGCUCCAGCUCCUCCAGUAGCUGCCAAACCACGGGAGUGGAAGAAACCGGUUGUCUCUCCCGCGGCUGUCGAAGGAGAGCACAAAGCUCUCGGUGAGGAGGACCAUGUCUCCGCUACGUCACCUUCAGCUGCAGAUGAAGAGGCAAAGCACCAUGUCGACGUACAUGCGGCACCUGCGCUUGAUUCACGUCACGAGAGCGAGCAUGAAACUGUCGAGCAUCACGUUUCUCCCCCAGCUGACGCCGAGUCACUUGAAGCUGCCGGUGACGCCCAAGGCGGGGAACACGAGAAGACCGAAGAAGAGCUCGAAGCCGAACGCCGUGCUGCCAUCGCAGCCCGCAUGGCUCGUCUCGGAGGCGCUCGCCUUGGUAUGGCUCCUAUGUUCGGUGCCCCUCGGCCAAAGCCACCACCUAAACCUGUGGUACAUACCCACGAAGUAGAAGGUGAACAUGAGAGCACGUCAGAGGAGCCGAAGCACGAGAGGAUCGCCGUGCUGCCCAUGAUGCCGAAGACUUCUUCCCCACCCGUACACGAGCCGGAGCAUGAACCGGAGGCCGUUCUAAAGACCGAAUCUGCCGAACUCGCGAAACCGAAGGAAUCUGAAGUGACUUUUGCGCAGGAGGCCCCUCCCGUUCAUGAAACAAAAGCCGAAGGCGAGGAGAUCCAUGCUCCUGAAGAGAAACAUCUCGUAUCCCUUACCCAGGAAGGCGCUCACGAAGCCAUCGAAAAUGCUGAAGUUACCGCAGAGACAGCUCCUGCCACAUCGGCAGCGGAACCCUCUGCUGCACCGCCAAAACAGCACAUCGCGAUGCCCAUGCCUGCUGCUCCACGCCGUGCUGCCCCUCCUCGGCGCAAUCGUGGCCCUCUUCCACUUCCACCCCAAGAACCGGAGGUUGUUCACGAAGCUGCGAGCGGUGCGAAGGAAGCAGAGACGCAAGCCGCGCACGUCUCUGAUCAUGAGGCCGGUAAAGAAGGCGCAGAGAAUGCUGAAGCUGAAGAACCGGCGCACCAGCCCAUCGCCCCUGCCCAUGAGGAGGUGACGCUUGUGGAGACCGAGCAUGCUCAGGAAGAACCCGCCUCAUUGACAACAGACGGAGAGCCCGAAGUUCAUGUAACUGCAGAACUGGAGCACAUUGACGCUCAUGAGGAGCCUUCCCACCAGGAGGCGCCUACAGGAGUCCUAACUACCUCUCAAACAGAACCUGUGGAGGAGGCAGGGCAGGCUGCCCCCGAACAUGAAGCUCACUAUGCACCGGAGACAACAGAACCAGUGAUCGCACAUGGUGCUUCUAGUCCUCAUAUUGUGCUGUCGGACGAGCCUGGCAUCAUCGAAGACGUGGAAGCGAGCCCCGAGCCAGAUGAAACAGAACCUGCUGCAGAGGAGGAUGAGGAAGUUGAUGAGAGACACCAAAUGGCCGAACGAAUGAGGAAGCUUGGUGGUGUCACAUUCGGCAUGCCAGUUCCAGCAUUCCCUCCUAAGAGAGGAUCUACUUCAUCCACUGAGAAGCACGCGACUACCUCCCCUUCGGCUCUACAGCCUGCGCAGUCUGCAUUGCCUGCCGAUACCCAUGUUGUACAUGACGGGCCAGAAGACGUGGUUGACAAGGAGACUGCUGAGGUUGAUGAACCACAACCGUUGAUACCUGAACAUAAAAAGUUCCCCGACGAAAAUCUCGAACCGCCAGAUCACGAAUCACCCAACGGAGACAACGAAUAUCAUAUGGAGGAGGAUAUACAGGAGGAGAAGCACGAAGAACACCAGUCCUUGGGUCAUCACCCCACUCGUUCACUACCACCUCCGCCGCCCCCUCCUGCAGCCGAGCCAGUUUCGGAAGAUACGCCUGAGGAGCUCGAGCUCGAAGUUGCUGCUGUAGCGCAUGAUGAGGAAGAGGAGGAUGUUUACCAAGAGGCGGAUGAACAAGUCACGGAGUACCACAACCACCAACCUGUGGAGGAGGACGCUGAAGAAGCCGCCGCACCUGCCCUUCCUCCACCGGUCAUUCUGCACACUGGCAGACCUGGGCGAUCCUUGCCGCCUCCGCCACCAUCAACUGUCCUUCCUCUUGCCCACCCUGUCGCCGAGGAACCAGUGGUGCAUGAGCGGCAUCACGACGAGGAGUUGCUCGUGGACGACGCAGAAGUUCAGGUAACGCAUGCCGACAGUGAUGCUGCCCCACUGCACGUUGGAAUGUCGCAAAUGAUCACACAGCAGCCGCUUACGGAGGAAGAGACAACAAAUGACGAGUCGGCAAAGCCAGCAGUGGUGUUGGUUAACACUCAAGCUUUGAUGUAUGACGAUGAUGAGCCCGACCCUAUUGAUCCAUCAUUCUACUCCCCUCCCAGUCGUCAAACAUCGUCUAGUAGCCUGCCAAAGGUUACGCCUCCGGGAAGUAAUAUUGCAUCUCCAGUUGCCGCAACUGCACCUGUAACCACUGCUUCACCUCCGCCGCUUGCACCCGAUGCGUCCGACGAGUCUGCUCCAACAGAAGAAGAUGAAGAGCUUGCUCGUCGUCAGACAAUUGCUGCUAGAAUGGCUAAGCUGGGGGGACUGAGAUUUGGUUUGCCCCCCUCAUUGCCGCCGGCGCGUAACGUACCAGCUCCUCCCUCAGAAGAAAGCACUGUCAAGGCCGAAGCAAUCACCGCACCAGAGCACGGGACUCCUCAGCUAGAAGACGAAACGGCAGAAUCCCUCCCUGUCAGUGAAGAAUCUGAGCAUGCCCGUCGACAGGCCAUUCUUGCAAGACUAGUUGCUGGCGGAGGACGAGGAUUUGGAAUGGCACCUCAGUUGGCACCCCCUGCACCACCGCCCAGCAUGCCCCGGUCUGUCACCGAGGAUAAACUUGUUGAUACCAUUGAACCUGCAGAAGUUGGAAAGCACGAUGACGCUGCGGCUGACGCCGAGGAAGAAGAAGAGGAGGAGGAGGAAGAGGAAGUGCCCCCCCCUCCGCCGCCUCGCCCUCAGAGAUCCAUCCCGCAACCCACUAAACUUCCAGCCGCAGAUAGCGGGCCUACCAUAGUACCACCUGCAAGGUCGCGAAGUCUGCCACCGGCGCCUCCCCCAUCAGCCCCGGAACCACUGGACGACGGUGAACUCAUCGAAGCGGAGGAUGAAUACGAGCAGGUUGCUCACGAGGAAGAGGAAGUGCCGCCACCCCCGCCACCACGGGUCUCUCGUACCGUACUUCCACCUCUGCCUUCUGAAGUUCCCCCCGGUAGAAGGACCUCGUCUUCGAUCCCCGGAGGCCGCCCGCCUGUCCCAACUCAUUCAGCACCUCCCCCGCCUCCCAGCCGAGGUUUGCCUUUGCCACAGCGUACCAGCAGUGGUGGGUAUUCCAACGCCGACGAAAGGUAUGCUAGCGGA